CUUUUAGGAUUUAAGAAACGGAAAUGCAUUAACAUUGUGGAGUAAGACUUGCUGUUACAGCCAGUGCUAUGCAAGAAUUAGUCAAAUUUAUUUAAGAAGUUUAUCUGUGCAAAGACUAUGAAACAAUCCCCUUAAAUGUAAAUCCAGAUAAACAUAUUCAUGAAUAUAUUUUUGGGACUACUUCUGGAAAAUAUAUACAGAAGAAACUUUCGAACACCACCAUAUUUGUGCUUUUAUAUGUUAUGAUAAAAAAAGAAAUUCCUCAAUGUUUUAAGGGUUUAAUUUAUGCAAGAGAUGUGACUUGUGAGAUUUCCUUAAGUCCUUGAACGCACCUUGCAGGAAGUUCAAACUAACUAUCCGGUCGCUCAACAACUUUUCUUAAGCUGCACACAAAUGCUUCUUUGUGUUCUCGGACUGUUCUCGACCAAAACGCCGAAGCCAUAAUGUUCCGACACAAAGGGCUAACAUGGGAACAGUGUUGCGCGGGCAGUUACGCUUGUUUCUGGCGUUUGGGCGUCAGUUCAGUAAAUACAAGGAGCGACUGAACGCUGUGAGCGCGCGCGGGUUCCACUGGGCUCAGGUGUCCUUCAGGAGCAGCAGCUCGAGGUGUGGUCGUGAGCUCAUGGAGAAGCGACCACCUUCAGGCAGAGCAGCUCUGGAGGAGAGAAACAGCCUGGUGGAGGAGGGGGCCGUGCUGAGGGGGGCCGAGGGCGGAGACGUGGAUGCCCGGACGCCGAGGAAGAGCAGCUCCUCCCGCUCCUCCCGCAAGAGCUUCCGCUUGGACUACCGGCUGGAGGAGGAAGUAACAAAGUCGUGCCGGGACAAACAUGGCCGCUGGACCAACCCGUGGCCCACAUGGCGGUUCCCUUCCUACACCACCCUGCUCCGGUUCCUGUUACUGGACAAAAACCACAGCAACAUCCCGACUAGUAAAGAGGCGCUGGACGGCGAGCUGCCGGUGAUGGAGCCGUACUUCGUCCGGAGCCCGGACCUCUCGGACUCCGGUCCAGGUCUGCGGGUGACCUGGCUGGGUCACGCCACAGUUCUGGUCGAAAUGGACGGGCUCAAUAUUCUGACGGACCCAAUGUUCAGCCAGAGGGCCUCGCCGCUCCAGUUCAUGGGGCCCAAAAGGUACAGAGGUCCCCCGUGCACCGUGGAACAGCUGCCCAGGAUCGACGCUGUUGUCAUCAGUCAUUCUCAUUACGACCACCUGGAUGUCGGCUCCGUGGCCGGCCUCAACGAACGCUUUGGAGGGGAGCUGCGCUGGUUCGUGCCCCUGGGUCUGAUGGACUGGCUGGUGAAGAUGGGCUGUGAGAAUGUGAUGGAGCUGGAUUGGUGGGAGGAGAACUGCGUCCCGGGUCACGACGACGUCACCUUCGUCUGCACGCCUUCUCAACACUGGAGCAAACGCACGGCGCUGGACGAUAACAAGUCUCUUUGGGGCAGCUGGUCCAUUUUAGGUCCGGAUCAUCGGUUCUUUUUCGCUGGCGAUACGGGCUACUGCACUUGCUUCCACGAGAUCGGCCGGCGCUUCGGACCAUUUGACCUCGCGGCGAUCCCCAUCGGCGCUUACCUGCCCAGGGAUAUGAUGCAGGGGCAGCAUGUCGAUCCAGAAGAGGCUGUUCGGAUUCACCAAGACCUUCAGGCCAAGCAGUCUGUGGCCAUUCACUGGGGAACCUUCGCUCUCGCUUAUGAGUACUACCUGGAGCCCCCGGUCCGCCUCAGAGAGGCCAUGGAGCAGAAGGGACUGAAGCCGGAGUCCUUUUUCACUCUGCAUCACGGGGAGUCUCGCCUUAUAGCUUCCCAGGAGGGAGACGUGUUCGAGUGAUCCUCUCUGCAGCAUUUCAUGGCCCAUGUGCCUGUAAUAAAGUGCAGAACAUGUUUUAUAAUGCUGUAUCUCCACCAUAAGAAUGUUUUUACAUUUUUCCUCAGAUGCAUUAUUAUGAAAUUAAAGUCAUACAGUUAGUAUCUGAGGUAGAGCACUUAGAUUAAUGAUUUGCACACUUCAGGCAGCUCCCAGUCCAGUUAAACAAUCUGGUUUAGAAUAAAUCAAGCUCCCAGAAAGCUGGACUGAAGUUCCUGGAGCUGCAAAAUAAGGUUAUUUAGCUCGGUGCUAGCCAAUAGCCAGAUAGAAAAAUGUAUUUUCUGAAUGUAAACCCAUAACUACAUGACAUGCCGAAAUCCAUUAUUGUCUGCGGAAUUAAUUCCCGACCACUGUAUAUUAAUGUAGAGCUGCAAGAUGAAGACUGGAGACGAGCUGGAUUCACCUUCAUGUCUUAAAUAGAACUUUUUAGUGUGAUCAUUUUCACUGUUUAGAACCUGAGUGGAAAGAUCCAUUUGCUUUAGUGCAAAAAUAAUAAUUUGAGUACUCACUGUUAAACUGAUGUGUUAUCCAAUGCUGAAUGAAUGUGGCUUGGACUUGAUUCAUUAAAUAUGAAUUACAAUUAAAAUGUCCUUUGUUGUCCAUAAACGUUUCAUACAGUAAAAAGAGCCGUAAGAUGCAGACUGAAGCUGAGCUUCAAAGUCAAAAACGUGUAAAAAAACUCAAUAUAUCAGAAUCCAAGACAGUCGGAUAACGUCUGAAGAAAUCCGUACAGCAUGUUGAGUCAAUUAUGUCAAAAGUCACAGUACAUGUAAGGUCACAAUGUGUAUCAUGUAUCCAGACGAAAAGUAUAUUUUACAAAAACAUGUAUUGUAAAGCCAAACAAGUAAAGUCUUUAAAAUGUCA